GAUUUGGCUGCAUGUCGCUGACGAGAGUGACGCGGCUAUAUAACCAGCGCAGCACUGGGAUAGAGCUCAGUAAAGAUUGUGCCUUCGAGCAGAAUACUUGCAAAAGCAAAUCUAGAGAAAAAGUUACAAAAGCAAAAGAAAGUGAAAUUUACAAAAGGUUCUAGUCAAGUACUCUAAACUACAGCAGCAAAAGUGAAAAGUGAAUAAACAGUUAUUACUGAGUGCAUCCAACAAGCGAGCAAAACAAUCAAUCAAGCAAGAUGCCACAACACUUCCCAAUCACACCACCUGCACAGAUGCCGUGCCCACACUGGAACCACUUCCCCAUACAUCCGCAGGUGCAGCAUCCAUACGGCAGCUACAAUGGCAACGGUAACGGUAGAGAUUCGCCACCACCAUCGCCGAGCUCCUACUCCUACUGCAGCGUCUGCAAUUCUAUGAAAAAGCGGACGGCAUGAGGUUUGCUCACAGCAGCCUCAGUGCAACAAAAUAGCAACAACAAUGGCAAUAAUACGAGUAACUGAUUACGUUGCGAAAGCGGUCAGUUCCUGGCGACAGCGUCCAACAGCGAGAUUGGAGUUGGCAGAAGACCUGAAGGCGCUGAUAUCUCAUAGCUACCGCAUGAGAAGGCCGUCAAGCGGUCCAGGCUCGCUGCAGUGCAUGGAAAAGGAAACACAAACUGCGAGAGGCAGCACACUGUCGCCAAGAAUGGUUGAAUUGAAAAUAAAAUUAUAUUAUUAAAAGUUAAAAAUCAAAAUAUUUAUAACAACUGCCGGGAAAUAACUGGAGCGUUAACCGUUGAAGACAACACCCAAGCAACGCGCGGAAACCAGUUUUGAACUUGAAAUAUGAAUACGCAUUAUUGUCGUUGUUGUAUGAAACCUACUUAGUUGAUACAAACAUACACUAUACAUACACAUACAUAUACAAGUGUCAUAUUGACGCCAACGCCACAUACAUACUUGUAUGUACAUGUUACAUACAUUUUUUAAACGCGUAAAUAUAUUUACUGGGUACUUCAAAUAUUUUUAAAACAUUUUAAAAACAGACUUACAACAUUUAUAUAAUAAUAUAAGUGAGCAUGUUUUUACAUACAUAUGUAUGUGUUUAGUUUAAGUAAAUAUAUACGUCUAAAAGCCGGCGUGUUUCUAUUAAUUCGCCAAAGACUGUAAUUUCCAUCAUAUUUUGUACGUAUGUACGCAGUUAUAAUACAGUUGAUAAGUUUGUAUCUACAAAUGAAUUUAUAAAAAUAAAUUUUAUACUUCAAAGUCAAUUUUAAA